AUGUUGUCGUCAGCUUUCCACUUCGACUACAUUCGCCGAAUGCAAGUUACCGCUUGCUUAACCUCUAAAGCAAGAAGACAAGACAAGGCCGUACUGCUCGUGAGCAAUGCGUAUCUUGUGGCCAGUCGGAGAGCUGGUUUGAGCGAGGCACAGGAGACACAAAAAUGUGGUGGUUCCGGGAUCAACAACUGCCUGGUGUUGAUCCUUCAAGGCGCAGGAUCUUCGACACACAAUACACAAAGGUCCUAUACCAGUCUCGUUUGA